AUUUAAUUUCAAAGAUGUUUUCCUUCUUUAUUCCUUCUUUUUUCUUUUUCUUUUUUCUUCAUAAGACUUUUUGAUGUUUCAUUCAUACUAGUAUAUAUUCUAAUUAAAGCUACACUCUUUUCACUCAACACAGAAUCCAUUUUCUUCAAGUAUCAACCAUGGGGGGUGGAAAGACCACUAUCAUGAUACUCAAAGUUGAUCUUCAAUGUUCAAGCUGCUACAAAAAGGUCAAAAAAAUUCUCUGUAAAUUCCCUCAAAUUAGAGACCAAGUAUAUGAUGAGAAGGGCAAUACAGUCACAAUCACUGUGGUUUGUUGUAAUCCUGAAAAACUUCGUGACAAAUUGUGUAGUACAGGAUGUGGAGUAAUCAAAAGCAUUGAAAUCAAAGACCCUCCAAAGCCCAAACCUCCCGAAAAGCCCAAAGAGCCCGAAAAGCCCAAACAACCUGAAAAGCCUAAAGAACCCGAAAAGCCCAAACAACCUGAAAAGCCUAAAGAACCCGAAAAGCCCAAACAACCUGAAAAGCCUAAAGAACCCGAAAAGCCCAAACAACCUGAAAAGCCUAAAGAACCCGAAAAGCCCAAACAACCUGAAAAGCCUAAAGAGCCCGAAAAACCUAAGCCCAAAGAGCCCGAAACGUCCAAAGAAGUUCCUAAUAAACCAAUUGCUCCACCACCAGCACCAACGCCCAUAAUGCCAAUGCCAAUUCAAGAAUGCCCACAACCGCCACACGGAUAUUGUUGUGGACAAUGCUACGAAGGCCAAACCGGUGGCCCAUGUUAUCAAGGGUAUGGAAGACCAGUCCCUCCGCCCCCGGGACAUUGUUGUGGACAAUGCUACGAAGGCCAAACUGGGGGGCCAUGUUAUCAAGGGUAUGGAAGAAUGGUCCCUCCGCCCCCAUGUUAUGAUAACUAUGGGCCUGGGCCUAGGCCUGUGCCUUAUGGCUAUGGUAUGGGCUGUAAUGUGAGCAGAUGUGAUCAGUACUUUAAUGAUGAAAAUGCUAAUGGCUGCUCAAUUAUGUAAG